AUGUUCAUAUCUAUCUAUCUAUCUAUCUAUCUAUCUAUCUCCUUUCCUCUUAAUGUCUAUAUUACACAUUCUGUUAGAAAUAAGAUAAGUGAAAAUUUAAUUUUAUAUAUCUCUCUCUCUUUCUUUUUUUUCUCUCUCUCUCUCUCUUUCAUUCUCUCUCUCUCUCUCUCUUUCUCUCUCUUUCAUUCUCUCUCUUUUUUCUCUCGCUCUCUUUCAUUGUAUUUUUUCUUUAUCAUUCUCUUUCAUUCUCUCUUUCUUUCUUUCUCUCUCUCUUUGAUUCCCUCUCUCUUUCUCUCUCUUUCAUUCUCUCUCUCUUUCUCUCUAUCUCUUUCGUUCUCUCUCUCUCUUUCUUUCUCUCUCUCUCUCUCUCUCUCUUUCUGUCUCUCUUUCACUCUCUUUCAUUCUCUCUUUCUUCCUCUUUCAUUCUCUCUCUCUUUCAUUCUUUCUCUUUCUUUCUUCCUCUCUCUCUUUCUCUCUCUUUCAUUCUCUCUCUGUUUCCCUCUCUCUUUCUCUCUCUCUCUUUCAGCAGUUGAGCAAAGAUCCUUUUUAAGCUUCCUAUUGCUGGAAGCCGUAAGCGCUGAACAAGAUUUGGUCUGCUAUAGGCAAAGAAGCCUGAUGGGUUUUAUUUUCUUUCUCUUUUCUGGCUCUCUAGAUCUUUCUACUGUCUCCCUCUGCCUCGAGUGGGAAAAUGAUAUACGUAAAACUGAUAUGGCUAAGUAUUAA